ACAUUAUUUGCUCCAAACUAAAAAAAAAAUGGUCUCUUCAUCUUUUUAAUCUCAUUAUUUCUCUCAGUGAGAGUCUAACCUUUCAGAUCUAAACCAAAAAACUCCAAACUCCAAAAACGACACCGUUUUCGUCACAGUACCGGCAUUAAUGUUGAGAAUGGCGAGCUCGUUCCCGGAAGAAGUUCUCGAACAUGUAUUCUCAUUCCUACAGUGCGAUAAAGACAGGAACUCUAUAUCAGUGGUCUGUAAGUCAUGGUACGAGAUUGAGAGAUGGUGUCGGAGGAAGCUGUUCAUCGGAAACUGCUACGCGGUGAGUCCGAGAAUGGUGGUGAGUCGGUUUCCGGAGGUGAGAUCGGUGGAGCUGAAGGGGAAGCCGCAUUUUGCGGAUUUUAACUUGGUGCCGGAGGGAUGGGGCGGGUAUGUGCUGCCGUGGAUAGUGGCGAUGAGCAGCGCUUAUCCGUGGCUGGAGGAGAUCAGAUUGAAGAGAAUGGUGGUUAGUGAUGAAGCUUUGGAGUUGAUUUCUAAGUCUUUUAAGAAUUUCAAAGUUUUGGUUCUUUCUUCUUGUGAGGGUUUCUCUACUGAUGGGCUUGCUGCCAUUGCUUCUAAUUGCAGGAAUCUUAGGGAGUUGGAUUUGCGGGAAAGUGAAGUGGAUGAUCCUAGUGGGCAUUGGUUGAGCCACUUUCCUGACUCAUUCACAUCGUUGGUCUCCCUUAACAUUUCCUGCUUAGCGUCUGAGGUGAGUUACUCAUCCCUGGAGCGCCUGGUGGGCCGGUGCCCCAAUCUGAUGACUCUUCGGCUCAACCGUGCUGUGCCCCUUGACAGGCUUGCUAACAUACUUCGCCGUGCUCCUCAGCUGGUUGAGUUGGGCACAGGUGCCUACUCUGCUGAGCUGCGGCCUGAUGUCUUCUCAACUUUGUCUGGAGCUUUUUCUGGGUGCAAGGAGCUAAAAAGUUUAUCUGGGUUUUGGGAUGUGGUCCCAAGUUACCUUCCAGUAAUCUACCCUAUCUGUUCUGGAUUAAUGUCAUUGAACUUGAGCUAUGCCACCAUUCAAAGCCCUGAUCUUAUUAAACUCGUUAGUCAAUGUCACAGUUUGCAGCGCUUGUUGGUCCUGGAUUACAUCGAAGAUGCUGGCCUGGAAGCUCUUGCCGAAAACUGUAAGGACCUGCAAGAAUUGAGGGUAUUCCCAUCUGAUCCAUUCGGCCCCGAACCAAAUGUAUCCUUGACGGAACAGGGCCUUGUCGUUGUUUCAGAAGGCUGUCCUAAGCUUCAGUCUGUUCUGUAUUUCUGCCGCCAGAUGACUAAUGAUGCCUUGUUUACAAUAGCUAGGAAUCGUCCAAACAUGACUCGCUUUCGUCUUUGCAUUAUUGAACCACGAACGCCUGAUUAUGUAACUCUUCAGCCACUGGACGAUGGUUUCGGAGCUAUCGUUCAACACUGCAAGGAUCUCCAGCGCCUAUCCUUGUCAGGUCUUCUCACUGACCGCGUGUUUGAGUACAUUGGAACUCAUGCCAAAAAGCUAGAGAUGCUAUCUGUAGCUUUUGCCGGAGAUAGUGAUCUUGGACUCCAUCAUGUGCUGUCUGGAUGUGAAAACCUUCGCAAACUAGAGAUUAGAGACUGCCCAUUUGGGGACAAGGCUCUUUUGGCCAAUGCUGCAAAGCUGGAGACAAUGCGAUCCCUUUGGAUGUCUUCUUGCUCUGUGAGUUUUGGAGCAUGUAAACUGCUAGGUCAAAAGAUGCCUAGGCUAAAUGUAGAAGUAAUCGACGAGAGGGGACCUCCGGAUUCGAGACCAGAAAGUUGUCCCGUUGAGAAGCUUUAUAUUUAUAGAACUGUUGCCGGGCCUAGAAUUGACAUGCCUGGUUUUGUUUGGACAAUGGACGAAGACUCUGCAUUAAGAUUCUCAUGAAAAAUCUCAGCGCUUCCUUCUCAGUCCCAAAGGCCUUACUUCGGCAAGUGAAUGCAGCAGGUACAUGCUCCAUAUGCUACUCAUUAUCACACAUUUUAUAUCCUGUAGCUUGGUACGUAUGCGGAAACAAGGUGUGGAAGGUAAAACCAAGGCUUGAAAGCUCGAAUGCCAUCCGUUUUACAGAUCGACUGAGCUAUUGGUUACUGGUUAGCUGUUAAUAAAGCGAUAGAAACUGAUGCUGCUCGUUGUAGCACUGAUUAAUCAGACUCGUUAUUUACGUGUUUUAUUUGCAGAAUUUCUAAGAGUUCAUGCAUUUUUUAUUUCUUGAAGAAUGGACAAGAAGUGAUGAUGUGUUAAUUGGAAUGUUAUGCAAUUGAAAACUUAUCAUAAUUAUUGUCAUCAUUGCAACAUUUGGUCCUCUUAUCUCCAAGAAUAAUUAUGAUUUCUAGCUCAA